AUAGUGAAAAAUAUUACUGUUAGUUCGAGAAAAUUCGGCAUAUACAUCUUCAAAUAAACAAAAAAAAAAAGAUUAAUAUUACCGGUAUUGUCUGUAAACUACAAAUAAAAUUGAUACAAGAACGUAAAGCUUCCGAAAUUUGAAGACUGACUUUUAAUAUACUUCAUUCAGUAUAUAGGCAUCAAGGUUGUUUUAUAUCUUUUAAAUCCUAUUACACUUAUACCACAGAUAUGAUAUUAAACGAAAAUGUUAAGGAUUUAAUCAUCUUUUUAAAAUGUCUGCAAAUAUUGAGAAAAGAGGAUAUUAUUUCUUUUAAAUAUUAUAUUUUCCUAGGUUUUAAUUAGAUCAGUUUUUGUAAUUACAAAAUUUAUAAAAAAAACAACUGUAAAUUUUAUUUUAGCAUGGAAAAUAUGGAAAAUAAAUCAAAUGGAGAAGAUCAAUCAAAUGAAGUGAAAUCUUCAAAUUCAAAUACUGAAAUCAACGAGGAACCAGAAUAUGGGGACGACUGGUUAGACGUUCUUGGUAGUGGAGCAUUAAUGAAAAAGAUUCACAAAGAGGGUUCCGGUGAAAAACCUAAUAAAGGCGACGCUGUUGUUCUGUCUGUCAAGACUUAUUUAAAAGAAGGUGAUACUUUAGUCGAUGACAAUAAAAAAUUAGAAUUUGUAUUAGGAGAUGGAGAUGUCAUACGGGCUUUAGAAUUAACUGUGUCUCUAAUGCUUGUGGGUGAGGAAUGCGAAAUAAUACUACAAUCUAAACUUGGCUAUAAGGAGUUUGGAUUGAAGCCAAAUAUUCCUCCAAAUGCAGACCUGAAAAUUUUCAUUCAUUUCAUUUCGAACGAUGGACCACUUGACUAUGAAAAAAUGUCGGCUAAAGACAAAAGUAGUAUAUGCAAUGCAAAAAGAGAUAAUGGAAACUCUCUAUAUAGUAGAGGAGACUAUAGCGAUGCCAUUCAGUGCUACACCAAAGCGUUAACCAUACUCGACACUUCAGGAGAAGCUAUAAAUGAUAGUCAGGAAGACUUGCAAGAGUUACUAGAAAUUAAAGUCAAAUGUCAUACAAAUCUGGCUGCUGCUCAAUUGAAAGUGGGAGCGUAUGAUGCUGCAGAGCAAUCAUGCUCUUUGGCUCUUGCAAUUCAACCUGACAAUGUUAAGGCUUUAUUCAGAAAAGCUAAAGCCUUAAUCAAUAAAGGUGAACUCGAACAAGCAUCGGAGUUAAUGAAAAAAGCUCUCAGUAUAGAUCCUUCGGAGAGAGCAAUACAUUAUGAACAAGCUAAACUUCUCUCACGAAUUAGAGAACAAAACAAUUCUCAAAAGAAAAUUUAUCAAAGAAUGUUUGGAGGACCACACAAUCCUAGUAAUUCGGAUGCUCCGGCAAGCAAACAGGUAUUUUAG